AUGACUUCUCCGCCGUUCCCGCCACCGACUUCCAACUACUCGCCGUACUCCGGGCCGCCGCCGCUGAUAGGCCACCAGCCGCCGCCGUCGCUGGGCGCGCCGUACCCGCCGCCGAUCCUCUACUGGCCGUACCCGUCGCCACCCAUAUCGCCGCCUCACCAACAGCCCGCGUUACUAAUCAUGCAGGGCACGCCGCCGCCGAUGCCGCCCCCGCCGCCCGUGGACAUGUGCAAUCUCAUACACUCCGUGUCCGAGUGGAACAUCGAUUACAUGCAACAGAAUCCUCAAUUUUGCACAAUGAACGUAGGUCCGAUGGGCAUGCACUCGGCUGCGGCUUGA